AGUUUCUCCACUGACUUGCAUGGGGCCUUGGACCAGCCUCCUGACGCUCCCUUUCCAAAGGCAAAACGAUGUCCUCCUUAAGUCCUCUUCCUCAGGGCAAACCGCUCUUCCCGCUAAGGCCUUCCCUCCCCGCCCGCAUUGGCCGGACGGCCGGGGCCGGGCUCGCUGCACCAGCGGUGUCCACCGCCACCUUUCCACCGCCCACAGCUGCCGAGGAGGCUCCCCGACUAGGAAAUAGUCCCUUCGGCCCCAGCCAUUAUGUCUGGAAGUAUUCUAAUUUUCACAGCUGCUUUGCUCCCCCUCUGGACAUGACCCCUUAGCUGGCAUUUUGCAUCCCAGUUGUUUUGUGAUGGAGGCUUCUUUGGGGAUUCAGAUGGAUGAACCAGUGGCUUUUUCUCCCCUGCGCGACCGGUUUCAGGCGGAUGGCUCGUUAAAAAAACAUGAGCAGAAUUUUAAACUACCAGGCAUUAAAAAAGAUAUUGAGAAGCUUUAUGAAGCUGUACCACAGCUUGGUAAUGUGUUUAAGAUUAAGGACAAAAUUGGAGAAGGCACUUUCAGCUCUGUUUAUUUGGCUACAGCACAGUUACAAGUAGGACCUGAAGAGAAAAUUGCUCUAAAACACUUAAUUCCAACAAGUCAUCCUAUAAGAAUUGCAGCUGAACUUCAGUGCCUAACAGUGGCUGGGGGGCAAGACAAUGUCAUGGGAGUUAAAUACUGCUUUAGGAAAAAUGAUCAUGUGGUUAUUGCUAUGCCAUAUCUGGAGCAUGAGUCCUUUUUGGACAUUUUGAAUUCUCUCUCCUUUCAAGAAGUACGGGAAUAUAUGUUUAAUCUGUUCAAAGCUUUGAAACGCAUUCAUCAGUUUGGUAUUGUUCACCGUGAUGUUAAGCCCAGCAAUUUUUUAUAUAAUAGGCGCCUGAAAAAGUACGCCUUGGUAGACUUUGGUUUGGCCCAAGGAACCCAUGAUACGAAAAUAGACCUUCUCAAAUUUGUCCAGUCGGAAGCUCAGCAAGAAAGUUGUUUACAAAAUAAAUCUCACAUAAUCACAGGAAACAAGGUUUCAUUGAGUGGCCCAGCAGCACCUAAGGAGCUGGAUCAGCAGCCCACCACAAAAACUUCUGUUAAAAGGCCCUACACAAAUGCACAAAUUCAGAUUAAACAAGGAAAAGAUGGAAAGGAGGGAUCUGUAGGCCUUUCUGUCCAGCGCUCUGUUUUUGGAGAAAGAAAUUUCAAUAUACACAGCUCCAUUUCACAUGAGAGCCCUGCAGUGAAACUUAUGAAGCAGUCAAAGACUGUGGAUGUACUAUCUAGAAAGUUAGCAACAAAAAAGAAGGCUGUUUCUACAAAAGUUAUGAAUAGUGGUGUGAUGAGGAAGACUGCCAGUUCUUGCCCAGCUAACCUGACCUGUGACUGUUAUGCAACAGAUAAAGUUUGCAGUAUUUGCCUUUCAAGGCGGCAACAGGUUGCCCCUAGGGCAGGUACACCAGGAUUCAGAGCACCAGAGGUAUUGACAAAGUGCCCCAAUCAAACUACAGCAAUUGACAUGUGGUCUGCAGGUGUCAUAUUCCUUUCUUUACUUAGUGGACGAUAUCCAUUUUAUAAAGCAAGUGAUGAUUUAACUGCUUUGGCUCAAAUUAUGACAAUUCGUGGAUCCAGGGAAACUAUCCAGGCUGCUAAAACUUUUGGCAAAUCAAUAUUGUGUAGCAAAGAAGUCCCUGCACAAGACUUGAGAAAACUCUGUGAGAAGCUCAGAGGUAUAGAUUCUAACACUCCCAAAUUAACAAGUGAUAUACAAGGGCCUGCUUCUCAUGACCCAGCUUUUUCAGAGAAGACUGACCAUAAAGCUUCGCACCUCGUACAAACAGCUCAAGCACAACACUCAGGGACUUCAUUGUUUAAAGGGGACAGUAAUGGCUGUGGUGGUCGUUUUGAUGCAUAUACUACCAACUUAGAAGGCUGGGAUGAGGUGCCUGAUGAAGCUUAUGACCUACUUGAUAAACUUCUAGAUCUAAAUCCAGCUUCAAGAAUAACAGCAGAAGAAGCUUUGUUGCAUCCUUUUUUUAAAGAUAUGAGCUUAUGAUUCUCCUUCUUCAUUUAACGUUUGCUGUUGUGUAUUGUGAGGUGGGGUGAAAAAGAGUUCUUUGUAAUAGCCAUAAGUUCUUGAUUAGAGACCAGGGCAGUAUGAAUAAUUUAUUUUAAAAUUUUAGUGAUUGCUCUCAGCAGAUUCUAAAAUAUGGAUUAAGAUUACUUAAAAUGCCUGGGAUAGUUCUUUGGACUAACAACAUUAUCUUUGAUUAGAUCUACCCAAGUAGAAUCAGAUCUGCAAUGUCCCUAAUUACUUGUCACUGCUGUAUGCAGAAAAAGGAGCAGUUUUAGCCUGUACAUAGGGGUUCAAGGUGUAAGUCUUAGAAUUAAGGGAUGUGAUAGGAUUAAAUGAGUCAAAAGACUUACUUUAUUGGUUUCUUCAAGCUGUGAGCUAUGUGUACUUUUGGAAAACUCAACCUGGUGCUGGUGCUCUAACCGUUCUGUAGGUAAAGUAGAUAACUUCCUCUUCUAGAAGCAUAUAUUACACCUUUCAUGAACACUAAAACAAUUAAUGAGAAAAUGUUGGGGGGGUAUCACUUAAAAUUGAAUUUAAUUCAUCCAUUUUUAAAAGUAUUUUGUGAAAGCAUUUUUUGUGUGAAUUGCUAUGUUUUUCUUAAUGGUUUCUCUCUUGAGUUUUCUGCCUUCUCUACCCCCACCCAACACAUUCUCCUUGGAAAUUAUAUGGUGCUUUCCACAAAGUUUUUGGAUACUUUGUUAAAUACUGCAUGUGUUUACAGUUGGGAACUUAAAAUAAUGUGUACACUGGUUCAUAAAAGGAAGCCAUAGGACCAACGUGAGGAUUGAUAGUCCAAAAUGCUCUUCUUUUUCUCUGAAUGUGUAUGUUUUUUUCACAUCAUCUUAAGUAUAAUUAGGUAGCUGCUAAAAGGAAAAGUGAACACAGAAUUGAAAAUAUUAUUGGAGAUUUUUGCUCUGCCUAGAGCCAUUCAGAUCUCUAUAUCCUGUUCUGACUAAGUUGGUCCUGCUCAGAAAAGGAUGAUUACUGUAGUCUUGGCUGGGUUGGGAAAAGAGAGAAUGAAGUAGGCAAAGUAGAAAAGGACCAAAGAUAGAGGUUUACGUAUUACUACAUUUCAAAAUGAUACCUAUCAGUGACAGCAUAUCAAACUUCCUAUGGGAAAUAAGUGGGGGUGUGGAUCUGCUGAGAAGUUUCCCAUUUAGUAGACAUAGAGUACAGAAACAGCUGAGGGACAUACAACAUUCAUUUUGUUAUUUUGAGCAUUGAAGUCAGUAUGUCUACCCACCGUAUUUGGUAAGUAUAGUAUAUUUAUAAACCGUUACCAUUGAUCUGCUCUGUCUUGUCAUGCUGUAGUCUUUAGAAGAAAAAAAAACUUGAAUGUUCUUAAAUUUUUAUGUUUAAUAAAGUUGUCCUUUUAUAUUUUUUAUAUCAGACUACUCAUUUGAAAAAUACCUUUUUUAAAAAAAGUAUUGACCACUGGGAGUAUUUUCCUUCUGAGUUUGAUGAAUGCUCUCUUCAACGUAUAGUUUUGUAUUAGAUUAACAAAUAUUGACCUGGCUCAAGUAAUACUUGAUAGAUAAAAAUAGAGUUUUUUUUAUAGAAAAGGUGCUCAUUGACUUCAUUUAUAGGAUAUUUGUCACAAAUAGUAAACCAUCUCAAUAACUAAAAUGAAGUCUUAGCUAAAAAAAAUAUUUUCUUAAUGUGACUCACAAUCAAGUUAACAUAUUCUCAAGAAAAUUAACAAGAAGAAAAAUUCAACUACCAAAAGUGCAGGGAAGGAGACAUACUCUAAGAAAGUUUAAUAUUCAGAGUGUUGGUUCACCUUUCGUUAAUGUAAUAUUUAGAAUAGAACUUGGGUGAUAUGCAAGGGGAGGUAAAGGGAGAUAGUGUUUUAAAAGAUAUCCAGUGUUACAGAUUAGUUCUCGGGGAAUUUCAAUCCCACUAGAGAAUGUUGCCUCAAUUUUGGGUGCUCUAUAGACAAAAAUUAGCCAGGAGCUUCCAUACGCAUAUUCUUUAGGUUUUUCAGCCUUCUGAAUACCAUUUUAUAAUGGCAGCUAUCUCCCUAAAAGAUUUUAAUUAGGCAAAAUAGUCACUUCUAGGGAAAGAUUAAGAAGGUAAUUAGUUAAUGCCGUUUCCUCUUAUUAUGGAAGUUCCCGGAAUAUUUAGCUAUUUUUCAUUGUCAGCUUUUUAAAAUUCUUAUUGCUCAAACUCUUGAGAUAAAACUGUUAAGGGUGUUUUCAUUUAAUAAGCCUUAGACAUUUAGAACUAUUAAUAUAACAAGCUACAAGUAUUGGUUUUUGAAACAGGCUGCAGCUCUCUAGCAUUUUUAAUGAAACUUUUCCUUAUAAGGAGAUGAUUAUGGUUGUCUUAAUGACCUAAAUAAAAAUGUGGCUCAAGAAUGGUUAUUCCAAAGAAUUAAACUUAGUUUAUUUCGAAAUCUGAACAAAAGUCAUCAAGUGAUGUUAGUUAAUCUCUUACAUUUCUGGCAUCAGCUUUUUAGAAACAAAAUGGUGUUACAGAUGUCAGAAUAUUGAUUGCAUAAAAUCUUGAAACCCACAAACUCGUAGGCUUAUGUCUUAGUAAUUUCUGCUGUUUAUGUAAUUUCAACCCUACGCGUCACCGAAAAGUUAUUUAUCUUAAGAAACUGUGGCCAAAUUUGGCGGGUAAUGCCGUCUGCCAGUGUCUGCAGAUGUAUUGUUUCCGCCUACAUUUGUGCGUGCUGUCUGUGGUCUUUAAAGAACACUAUCUAACACCAGGCAGGAAUGUCAACUCUGUUCAGAUUUUUUCCUAUAUUCUUAGAACUGAUGUUACCCUUUCCUAAUUUUGUCAAAUUGUUUAAACUGCCUUUCUUGAAAGGUGGAUAUUAUAUCAUCCAUGUACUAGACAAGUCAUCACAAGUAAUUGAUGCUGUGUCAAAUUACAGCAAGAUUUUCAACAAAGUAACCACAGAGGUCAGUGCUAAGGCAAAUAUUUAGUAAAUAAUGACAUUUUAGAUAUCUAAAGUGAAAAGUAUGAUCUUAGGAAAGCAAUUGCAAGUUGGGCGAGAAAAUUAUGAAAAUGAGGUUCAGAAAAAUGAUUGCAAAAUAGUUCAAGCUUAAUUUGACCUAAUUUUUUUCUCAACAGAAGAAAAUGAACUAAAGGAAUAAAAUUGUCCUUGACCUCUGUUUGAGUGCUUUAAAAAAUUAACAAAAUAAUUUAUGGAAAAGAAUUCAAAAGGAUGAGCAAAAAACUUAUUUGGAGGGUGUGUACACAGUUUUUAUAAGGCAAGAAAGAUGACUAGAAAACAGAUGUAAAUGGUUUAGAAUUUUGAUUUAAGCAUGCACUGUGUGCAAAAUGCCUUUUAAAUUGAACACAUUACGCUGUCCUAGCCCUUAAGCAGAUUCCAUCUUGGACACUACUGAAGCAUUUCUUUGAGGAAAGUAACAGGUUUAGCACUAGAAAAUUUAAUGCUAUCUUAUGAAGGAAAAUAGAGAAUAAUAGCUUUUAGAUUCAUCUCUAGGUCUAGAUUUAGAGAAGGCCAAUGUCACUCACUUUAUUAGGGAACCUAAGAAGAUGAACCAACAGGUGGGCUUCUGACAUCCCGAAAUCAACAGUAAUAACACUGUCAGCUGGGGAGUGAGUAGCACAAAUCAGAAAAUGAAAGAGCCAUCUGAUAAUUUCUUUCUCAUCAGAAUUUUUACAUUUGUUUCUUAUCUACAUUCUAUCCAUGCUGUGUUUUUAUAUGUGUGUAUUUAAUUAUAUAUUCACCCUUUGUGUAAAUUCCUUCUGUAACUUCUCUGAAGACUAGCAUAUGAUCUAGAAAUGACUCCAACUAGGACAAGACCAAGACAGUAAAUCAGAAACAGAUGUAUGGCUCUGUAGCCUCACAUUGUUAUUUCAGCCCUGUCCAUAAGCAAAAGGAGCAAGGGGCUGGGGAAUCCAACCCCCUCUGAAUGUCUCUCAACACUUAUCUUAGUGCUUUUUACCCAGUAGAAGUUUCUUUAUUUCUUCUGGCGUGUUGCUGGUCUUCCUACGCUCAAGUGUUCUGAUAAGAAACAAAACCAGUCCCACUGUUUGUGUAUGUAUAUAUGAGUAAUCUUUAGACAAGUGUUAGCAAUGCUUCUUCACACUUUGCCCCAGAGUUUGUGAAAUGAAUGCCAGGUAUUCUGUGAGUAUCCUUUUCUGUCAUUUUAAUUUUUUAUUUUAAAACUCCAUAGAUAAAUGGCCAUAUCAAAUGUGUACUCUUUGUAAAAAGAAAACUCAUUAUCACUUUUAUGUGUAAAAAUAAACAUUGGUGUCUUACAUCUCA